AAUAGGACUAUUCUCAUUGUUCACUUUUCCCCAAAAGCUAUUCCAGCUCAUAUCAAAGUUUGACUCCGAUGUCUUGAAAUCAAAGUACUGUAAUGACAUCCUUUUGAUAGUAAAUCUAGUGUCAUCAACAAGAGUCCUGCUUGAUAUAUACAUGUGGCAAUUGUGUGCCAGAUUCCAAACAUCUGUUGACUAUGAUGUUGAGAUAUCACCCAGUAACUCAGCUCAAUCAAGAAAUUACAGCAGCAUUACAAGUCUUGUAUCGAAUGAAAGUGAAAAGAUACAUCCCAGUGCAGAAAUAUAUUUCAAAAACAGGAUAAUUAUGUUCAUGAGGACAACUAUAGUUGAGCUACUCAAGAACAAAUUGGAUGUGGACCGACCACAAGAUCUAGACCAAUUCAAAAAGAUCAAGCUUCAAGAUACUAACAUUGAGUGUACUGAGGUGUAUCCGGGUCAUUUUGAAAUCUUGCGGGGAGCUGUGUGGAAGAUUGAUUCUAAGAAAUACAUUGAUUCGUUUGAAAGAGGAUUUGGACAAGAGCAAAUAAAUUUUGGAAGUAAAGGAAGUGUAUUUUUUCUGACAGAAGAUCAAAAGUACAUUAUCAAAAGUUUAACUCGGACAGAGUAUAAGAAUCUACUCAAAAUAUUUCAAGAGUACUAUAAUUUUAACCAUGCUAACAAGGGAUCCAGUCUGAUUCGUUUCCUAGGCUUGUUUCGUGUCAGAGUAAUGAAGUUUCAACCAUUGAUCAAUAUAGUAAUCAUAGAAAAUAUUAAUCAUCAAAGAGAUGCUUAUAGCAGUAGUAUCUACAACAUGAUGAGUUCAACGAUUGAUGGCUCACAAAUUGGCCUUUCGUCUUGUUGGGGAGGUCAAGUAGUUCAGCCAAGGAGCUUCUCUCAUCUGAUGGUUACAGAAAGUAGAGAUACUUCAUAUAUUCAAAAUAGCUUGGCUAAAGACUUAAAAUUCCUGGAGAAUAACAAUUGCAUUCAUUACCGGCUUUUGGUGGUCGAAUAUCAUAUUUCAAGUUCUAAUAGAAUAGAUGGAAGAGAAAAACUGAAUCAAUUCAUGGGUGUACAAGUUGUUAGUAGUAAGAUUACAUCAGCAGUCAGACUUUACAAAUUCUUCCUCGUUAACAUUGUUACACAAUAUAUCAAUUCAACAGAAAAGCUUUUCAGGAGUUCUAAGAAAGUAAAAGCUUAUGCAGAACCAUUUUUGCCGACAAUUAAAGCAGCAAUAUUUAACAAUUAUCAGAAUGAUUAUAAUGGAUCUGUUGAGCAAGAGUCGUGAUAGUCUCUUGAUGAUAACAGUUUUUGGCUGUAACACAUCAAGAUAAUUGACUAAACUACAAUGUCUAAUGUGGUAAAUAGUCCUCAAAUCCAUCCUACCAAUUUAACUGAUAAUACACGUAACUGCAAAGACAGACAUACAUACAACAGUUAAUGAUAUGCAAAUUUUCUAUUAGUUACAUGACACAAAUGUGCCUUUAUAAAUACUGAUGAGGAUCAGCACUCCAUGUCCCAUGAAGAGCAUCGGCAUGGGCCUAUAACUGUGCAAUAUAAUUUUGUGGUAAAUACAAAUUUUGUUUUUCUUCUCGUAUAUAAUCUUGACUG